ACACUUCACUUUCUUCAAAGUUUAACUUAGUGGAUGCUUUACAUUUUUAACCACAAAAUCAAGAAAAAUGAUGCAUCAAUAUUCAUCAAAGGAGCUCUCUUUGCUGCGUUUCAUACUGGCCAUGUUCUUAGUGACCUAUAGCGAUGCUCGUGUUCUUCAAUAUUCAAGGAAACUCUCCCAACAAAAUGGAGCUAGUGAAAAUGGUGCAAAGUUACUAGAUUGGCCCGGUAUUCCGGGCUUUCCAUCUCCAGGGUCGGGCUCAGAAACUCCUCCGGAUAUACCUGGCAUUCCCUUUCCUGGAACUCCAGAUAUACCUGGCAUUCCCUUUCCUGGAACUCCAGAUGCUCCCGAAAUUCCAGGAGGGUCAAGCCCCGGGAUUCCAAACAUUCCAGGGCUUCCUUUUCCUAAUAUCCCAAACAUUCCGGGCUUCGGAAUUCCAAACGUUCCUAGUGCUCCACAAGAGCCUGGCUCUGGAAUCCCAAACAUCCCCGGUUUCUCUUUCCCGGGAUCUGGAUUUGGAAUCCCCGGUUUCCCAUUUCCUGAUCUUCCAUUACCACCUUUCGCCUCGGAUGAAUCUGUGGAUCAAUCUCAAGCCCAAAGUCCCGAUGGCGAGCCUAUGAGCGGGUUGUAGGCAUCUUUCAAAUCGCGUAUAUGAUACCUUUCGGCAUGCUAGUUGCUUUAUGAACAUGUUCAUUUACUUUAUAAAGAAAAGUAGAAGAUCCAAUGUAAUUUAAUUGUGUUAUGGCAUGAAACUCCAAAUUUGGGUUUUAGUGUAUUAAACUUGUAAUGUGAUGCAUUAUUAAGACCACAAAAAAGGAUUUGCGUUUAU